GACCUGGAAUCCUAGAGGAGGAGAAGUGAGAGAGCAGAGCUUGUCCAUGGUGAUGGCAUUCAUUCUGUAGCAGGGCAGCUGAACAGGAGUAGCAUUAAGAAGAGGUCUUCAGAGGACAUUCACAUACAGAAGGGCAGACUGAGUCACUCCUGUAGGAUUACCUUAAGCACCACUCCAAACCUAACCCUGGGGACCAGAAAGAACAGGUAGAGGAUGAGGUCCAAGAGCAGUGGGGUGGAGAGCCCAGCCAAUGGGGUACUCGGGGUUCCCCAGGCAACACAAGACAUCAACCAGGAAGAGGAUGUAAAUCUGCAUACACCCAUAAAGAGUCUGAAGGUCAAAGUUCAACCAAACAUUGAGGAGUUGGUGGAGGAGGUGGUGGUGGUCUCUGACAUAGAGAAGUCAACCGAGGACAGCUUAGGUUCUAGUGACAAAAGACUGGGAAUCAUGAACCUUACUGAAAAGGACCUUCUGAGGCUGCUAGGGGUCAUGGAAGGUGAGGUUCAGGCGAGGGAGGAUGUUAUCUGUGUGCUGAAGACUAAGAGGACACGUCCGGAGGCUCUGAAGUCCCACUAUGGUUCUGCAGCUCCUACCACAGCCCUCCAGGCCCUACAGAGAGACAGCCUUCUCACCAACACACAAACACACAUUGACAAUGUCUACCAGAGGCCAAUGGCUGAGCUGGACCGUCUGCAGGAGAAACACAAGGACACGUAUCGGCGCAUGCUGGAACAGCUUCUAUUGACUGAGAAGUGUCACCGCCGCACCGUGCACGAGCUGGACAGCGAGAAGCGCAAACAUGCUGACUACAUGAACAAGAGUGACGAAUUCACUAACCUAUUGGAGCUUGAGAGAGAGAGAUUGAAGAGGUUGCUGGAGAAUGAGAAAGCCUACCAGGUGCGUAAAGAGAAGGAGAACACCAAGCGACUGGAGAAGGUGAGGGAGGAGCUGGUCAAACUGAAGUCCUUUGCCCUGAUGCUGGUGGACGAGCGGCAACUCCACCUGGAGCAGAUGGACCAGCAGAGCCAGAGGGUCCAGGAGCUGACCCAGCAGCUGUCCCAGAGGGAGCAGGACCUGAGGAACGCCAGUGCCCAGGCCCAGGAGGACAGACAGAGGGCCCUGAGCUUGGAGAGCGAGCUGAGUGAGUGCCAGGCCAAGUUUACCCAGGAGCAGGAGGAGAUUACAGCCAAGCUGGCCAGCCAGGAGUCCCAGAACCGCCAGUUGGAUGUCAAGCUGUCUGGACUCACCCACACGCUGGAGGAGCUGGAGGAGAGCAACAGGGCUCUGAGGAGGUCAGAGGAGGAGUACAAUGGGGCUCUGAGGAGGUCAGAGGACAAGCUGGAGGAGAGCAACGGGGCUCUGAGGAGGUCAAAGGAGGAGCUGGAGGAGAGCAACAGGGCUCUGAGGACGUCAAAGGAGGAGCUGGAGGAGCUGAGAGAUAAGAUCAGCAAAGGGGAUUGUGGGAACUCUAACCUAAUGACUGAACUGGAGAACCUCCGCAAACGGGUAUUUGAGAUGGAAGGGCAGGACGAGGAGAUCACAAAGGCAGAGGCCCAGUGCAGGGAGCUGAGGAAGAGGUUGCAGGAGGAAGAGAGCCGAGGGAAAGAACUCAAACUGCAAGUGGAGAAGCUCCAGAGAAGAAUGGUGGAACUGGAGAGACUAGAGGUGGCUUUCAAUGCCAGCAAGGCGGAGUGCUUCCAGUUACACACCACUCUGGAGAGAGAGAAGGACAUGUCAAAGGAGCUCGCCGACGAACUGGUGGCCGUUAAAAUAUGCAUGAAAGAGAUGGAAUCCUCUGAGCUGAGACUGGAAAAGACUGAGCAGGGCCUUAAAGAUGACCUGGCGAAGCUGAAAUCAUUCACUAUGGUAAUGAUUGAUGAGAAAAAUAAUAUGAUGGAGAGAAUGAUGUUAGAGGAGAAGAAGAGGGAUGAUCUGAGUAAGAUGUUCAAAGUGGAGCAGGUCAAGGUCAUGGAGGGGACUGAGAGAUUGAUAGAGGAGAGUAAAAAGCUCCUGAAGUUGAAAUCAGAGAUGGAGGCCAAGGUUGGGACCCUCGUCAGAGAGAAAGGAGAGCUUAGCACUAAGCUCACAUGUGAAAUGGAAAAGAGCAAGGAUCUGAGCUCCAAAGUCAGCCAACUGAACAAGAGGUUAGAUGGAUUGCAGGAGGCAGAACAUAUAUCCACAAAUAACAUAGCAAAGAGGGAACUGGGAAGCUUCUCGGAUGGGAGUUCGAAAGAGGACAACAGGGUGAAGGAGCUAACGUUUGAAAUAGAGCGGUUGAAAAACCGUCUCACGCAGCUGGAGGUUGUGGAGGGCGAUUUGAUAAAGACAGAGGAUCAGUACGACCUGCUGGAGAAAAAGUUCAUGACGGAGCAAGACAAGGCCAACAUUCUCUCCCAGCAGGUGGAGGAGAUGAGGAGUCAGAUCGCCAGGAUUAAAGCAAUAGAGAAUGGAGAGGUGGAGAGCCAGGAGGCAGACCUACGACAGCGCUGCAGGACAGAGAACGCCAACACCAGAGACUUGCAGAAUGACAUGGUAGCCCUCAAGGAGAAGAUCCAUGAGCUGAUGCACAAGGAAGAUCAGCUCUCUCAACUUCAAGUGGACUACUCCUUCCUCCAGCAGAGGUUCCUAGAGGAAGAGGAGAAGAAGAACAACAUGAGCAUUGAGGUCCUCCACCUCACCAAAGAGCUGGAGGUGACCAAGCGCCACAGCCGCGCUCUACGACCCAGUCUGAACGGGAGGAGGAUGGUGGACAUUGCCAUGGCGUCCACAGGAGUUCAGACUGAUGCGCUGGCCAAUGAGAUGGCAGAAGAGGACACCCCAGCUGUGUUCAUCAGGAAGUCCGUCCAGGAAGAGAAUCACAUCAUGAGUAAUCUUCGACAGAAGGGUCUCAAGAAACCAACAGAGAAAGCUGGUGGUCAUGAACGCUACUCACCCUCUGUUGCCGCUGACCUCAGCAUGAAGAAGUCCUGGAUUCCCUGGAUGAGGAAGAGGGAAAUCAUCCCUCAGGGUGGUAAUCUGGACAAGUCUGUCCAUAUCAACAGUGAAUCCAUGCAUUCUGAUCUGGCCAUGUCCCAGAAGCAAGGGCAGCCUUUACGCAUCAGAGUGACCCCAGACCACGAGAACAGCACGGCUACCUUGGAGAUCAGCAGUCCUUCUGCUGAGGACCUCUAUUCAAGCUCCAGCCUCAGCCUCAGUCCCACCCUGCAGGGCCACCAGAAGCCUCGGAUCACCAUCAUUCCCACCCACACCACCGCAGCUUCAAGAGGGAAAGCCAGCGCCGGGACAGGGGGAGCAGAGAGGUCCAAGUCCCCGGUCACCGUCACCACCAUCUCCAGGGCCAAGUCACCAGAGAUCAGCAAGGCCUCCUCCUCUUCCUCCUCAUCAGGCAGACCCAUAUCACCCAUAUCCAUCAUGACAGUUAGCGCUUCUAUGGUGUCCAACAUGUCCACCUCCCCAGAGCCCCAGGAGAUGACCAUGGGCCGGGCCGUGUUCAAGGUGACCCCUGAGAAACAGAUGGUCCCCACACCGAUCAGGAAGUACAACUCCAAUGCCAGUAUCAUCACCACCACAGAGGACAACAAGAUUCACAUCCACCUGCAUGGCUCCCAGUUCAAUAAGGGCCCCUCGGAGGGCCACAACAACAACACAGGACCCAAGGUGGUGGUUAGGCCUGUCGGCAUGGCAACAGAGUGUAGCAGAGAGAUGAUGUUAUCCACAGGCACGGUGUUGCGCUCCCCUCGCCAUAGUGCCACUGCUGUCAAAACCACACCCAGUAAAGUGAUGAGCAGCAUCACCAUCACUGCAGUCACAUCCACCCCUGCCAGACCAACACAAGCUGUGCCCGGGCAUGAUACCCACCCAUCCCGGGCAGGGCUCACCCGUAUCCCCAUGUCCAAGGGCCUGAAGACGGGCAAAGCCAUGCUGGGAGCCCUGGGGAUGUCUGGAGGAAUGAGGCUGGAGCAGAGAGCAGAAAGCCAGUCCAUGAGGAUAGAGCUGAAGAAAUCCACAAUCAGCAGCACAACCGCCUUUCAAAAUGGAGGGAAAAGCUGUUAGAGACACUAACAGGGAACAGAAGUCAAACAAGCUGCCAACCCAUAGUAAUGUUCUAUGGCUCAGCGGUGCUCAGUACAGAGGCACCAUUAAAUGACCUGGAGACAGAGAGCGAGGCGGGAUUUUCAGACAAGGGAAAGUCAUUUGGCUCCUCUCUAUUGAGCAGGAGCCUGAGUUGAUCAUUGUGUUCUUGUCUAACUGAAAACAGUACACAUAUCUAAUAUAUUAUAUUUUUAGAAACUAUUUAUAUUCUGUUCUCAGUGUUUGUAAUGUGGAUGAAAUCAACUUAACUGCUUUCUUUGAUAACCGCUGGCAUGUGUGCAUUUUGUUAAGGGAGAUGCCAUGUGUAUUGUCAGGUCAUUCUGCUACCAACUGCUUCACCUAGUGAGCUUUUCAUUACGCAUUUAAUACUGAGGCCAUAUCAUUUGGUUUGCAGCAAAUUAAAUGUGUCCUUUUUAUGCAUUUUAUGCACUUUUUAUGCAUUUCUUCUGGAAGAUGACCUACAGCAUAUUCAACAAAGAAUAUUGUUAUGAGAAUACAUGCAACAUUGAGUGCACAAUGUUAAUGUUCUCUAACAUUAUUUUGGAUGCAUUUUUUGGGCAAGGCAUCAGUUGAACCAGACUCACUGUAGUAAUUAAUUCAUCUCACAUUAAUUUACUGACUAGGCAGUGUUUGUAUUGACUUGCUGCGUGUUAUGAAAUUGGAAAAUAUAUCAAAACAAAUGGCCAUAUACAUCAAUGCUUCUGCUGUGAUACACUGGAGAGCCAAAUUUUCACGGUCAUCUUUCAAUUGUGGAGCGCUCACUUGCCAUAGAGCAAUUAAAAUCAACUCAUUUAACAAGCUGCCUGUGUCUACAAUCACCAACCAUGUGCCCUCUGAAUGAAAGAAUAAUAUUGUUUCUAAUUUGCUCAAUCGACCAAUGAGAGACAAUCAAACCAGUGUCAUUAGAUGGGUUUGUUGUGAGUCAAAGGGUAACUAGCCUGAGACCCCCUACGAGAAAUGUAUGUAUAGAAAUAUAGGAAUUCAAAAUGCGUCAAAAUAUAUUUUGUAAUGUCUAUG